ACACGAAUUGUAUAAUAUGGAACUGAUAGCCGUCGGUGGAUUCGCCGACGUGUACAAAGCGAUUUAUAGAGAUUUUGUCGUUGCCGUGAAGACGAUGAGAGUUCCGCAGGACAGGCAAUUGAGACAAGAGUUCGAGAGCGAAAUUCGUUUUAUGCAAACGAUUCGUCACGAAAAUAUCGUUCUUUUUAUCGGAGCCGGAAAAUCGGUCGUCGACGCAGAACCGUUCCUCGUAACGGAAUACACUCAAAGAGGCUCCCUACGAGACGUGCUCGACAACUCUGAAUUAGAAAUCACGACAUUACAAAAAAUUAAUUUUGCCUUCGAUGCCGCCAAAGGCAUGAACUUUCUCCACACUCUCAGCCCUCCGAGAUUACACCGAGAUCUGAAGAGUCCGAAUCUUUUGGUUAGUCACAGUUGGACCGUCAAAGUGGCGGACUUUGGAUUUGGGAGGCCACUUCCGGAACAAAGGCGAUCUCGACAGAGCGGCGACAGGGUUAGUGAUCUGGCCGUGCCACUGCUAGAGAUACGAGAUGAACUGUCAUUCAGAAACGUCGGAACGAUUCGAUGGAACGCACCAGAAUUAUCACUAGGCCAUCAAUACAACACUGCCGUCGAUGUAUACAGUUUUGGUAUUGUCAUGUGGGAGAUCUGGACGCGUCAACUACCAUUUCAGCAGUACAGGUUUGCGUACGAAGUUCGAGACGCCGUCGCAAGCGGCGAGAGACCACAGAUUCCGGAUAUGUGUCCGCAAGGAUACAGCCGUCUCAUGCAGCAGUGUUGGAGUGCACAACCCAAUCAACGAUCGACGUUCAGCCACAUCUUGAAGAGUUUGAAAACAGCACAAAACCUUCCAAUCGGAAACUAGAUACAUGGUACACUAACAGUGUAUGUUCGCAGAAAUGGCAUGCAGCUAGAGUGAACUCUCUAGACGAACGGAAACGUAUACAAUGCUGGAUGCAAAUUGCUUUGUGAUUAGUUUUGAUUUGUAAACUGUUGUAUGAAUUAGAUGGAUGCUAGAG